AUGAUCGCCGGCAGAAUAAUUUUUCCUGCGGCGGCGGCGGCGGCGGAGGUGGAAGAGAGAAAUUUAGAGAGAGAGGGAGAGAAAGGGGCGGUGAGGAGAGAGAAAGAAGGAAGGUAUAGGCAGGACGUCACGUUUGGGUAUGAGAUUAUUUAUGGCCAACUAACUACGUUUACGGAUCGGAAAUUAACCGAUCCUUCUUCCCGAUUGAAUCUCCGGCGGACGAUCGACGGCGGAGACCUCUCCGAAGACAUGUUCAAGAAUUUCUGGAGCUCUCAGGAGCAGCAAAAUCAGUCACGGCCACAGGAAGUGCCAACCGACUCAUGGUAUCCGCCUUCGGUUGUCAGUACCCCCAGCUCCUCGCGCCCAGCAACACCUGGUGCGAACACGACUAGCAGUUUUGGCUCAUCGAGGCCGAUCGAUCGGCCAAGCACUGUUUCCAAUGUUUCACCAGCAGAGGCAGCAAGCAUCAUUGCUGUUUUGAAAGAUAAGAGUGUUGAUGAGCUAAGAAAGCUGCUGUCCGACAAGGAGGCUUAUCAAAAUCUGUUGCUUUCAGUUGAACCUGUCAAAACCCAGAACAGGGUCAGAGAUGAACUUAGGAACGAAACUCUGCAGCUUGCUAGAGAGAAUCUUGAGAAAGAACCACGCAUAUUGGAGCUGAGGAAUCAGUGCAGAAUAAUUCGGACGAGUGAGCUGGCUACCGCUCAAGAAAAAUUGCAUGAAUUAGAAAGGAAAAAGGAAGAGACACUCAAGUAUUAUUCUCCCUCAUCUCUACUCAAUCGACUUGAAGAUACCAUGAACAAAACGGAAGAGGAGUCAGAGGCCCUGCACAGGCAGCUUCUUGAUAGAGAGAUUGAUCUUUCAGCAUUUGCACAGAAAUACAAGAAGAUGCGUUAUGCCUAUCAUAAGCGUGCCUUAACCCAUCUUGCUGCCAAGACAUCUGCCACUGCUUAA